AUGGUGUUACCAAACCUUGCAGUUCACUGGGGCAGGUGGUAUCAGAGCCAGGUUAAAAGCAAGAGAGAGAGUUUCCAAAUAGCAUUGAUGGCUUCAGACUCAAAUUUUGUACAGGUUGCGAUCCCACGUUUUGAUGGUCACUAUGAUCAUUGGAUCUUGACAGAUGCCCAGAAAACAGAGUUGGAAGGGAGAAAACUCAAGGAUUUGAAGGCAAAAAACUACCUCUUCCAGGAAAUUGAUCGUCCCAUCUUGGAAACAAUUCUUAGCAAAGAAACUUCCAAAGAUAUUUGGGAUUCCAUGAAGAAAAAAUAUGAAGGCUCUGCUAGAAUGAAGCGUGCACAGCUUCAAACUUUGAGAAGAGAUUUUGAGACUCUACAAAUGAAGGAUGGAGAAUCUGUCACCAGCUACUGUGCCAGGACUAUGGAGAUUAGCAACAAAAUGCGCUUUCAUGGUGAGAAGAUGGAAGAUGUCACCAUUGUUGAAAAGAUAUUGCGUUCCCUAACACCAAAGUUUGAUUAUAUCGUAUGUUCGAUUGAAGAAUCGAAAGACAUAGAUACAUUUUCUCUUGGUGAAUUGCAGAGCUCCUUACUGGUCCAUGAAUAG